AUGCUCGUGAUGAAUAAAGAAGAGGCAAUAUUUCGUUCAGCGGAUAUGACAUAUAUCGAGUUAUAUAUUCCGUUGGAAAUUUCACGAGGUGUUGUCUGUGUUUUGGGGAAUUUGGGUAGUGUAAUGUUAAAGGAUAUGAACAAAGAUUUGAAUACUUUUCAGAGAGGUUACGUGAAUCAGAUUCGAAAGUUCGAUGAAAUAUCCAGAUUCAUCGAAUAUUUAAACGAGGUGGUACAGUGGCAUAAGACUGCGAUGUGGGAAUAUACUUAUCGAUCUUUAGCCCAGGAUGGAGAGACCGAGGGUCAGCCCACAAUGGCACAGGUGAUUGAAACGAUGCAUACACAUUCAAUUGAUUCUGUGAAUGAGAUUACGGAUGAGAUAACACAGUUUGAAGGACGGGUGAGACGUUUGAAUGACUCCCUGGCUGAUUUAGAGGGACGUUUAAAUACGUUAUUAAUACAUCGGAGAGUUUUGUUUGAGUGUGCUAGGUUUUUGGAAGUUCAUCCCGGAAUAACAAGUAGAUUACCUGUCCAAGACAGACACGAUCUUGAAGUUGAGGACUUUGAACUGACCCAAGUUGAAACAGAUGAAAAUCUCAGUCAAUUAUCUUUUGAUCUUGCAGAUGAUGCCGAAACCCAACUAGCCGGCGAUUCUCAAACCUUACUAGAACAUACUGUUAGAAACAGAUUCAUAAUAACAGGUUCCAUUAAUAGGUCAAAGGUUGAAACCUUAAACAAAAUUCUCUGGAGGUUAUUACGUGGCAACCUUUUCUUCCAGAAUUUCCCUAUAGAUAGAACUUUGCUUGAACAUAAUGAAGAGGUAGAGAUAGACUGUUUUAUUGUAUUUACUCAUGGAGCAGUAUUGGUUAAUAGGGUAAAGCGUGUAAUAGAAUCAUUAAAUGGCAGUAUCUUUCCAUUCAACCCUUCACAAUCAUCAAUACAACAAUUAAAUGAUAAAAUAUCUGAUCUCAAACAAGUUUGUUCGACAACUGAACAGACAUUACACACUGAGUUGUUCCUUGUUUCGAAACAAUUAUCUAUAUGGAACACGGUGAUGCAGAGGGAAAUAUACAUCUAUGCCACGUUAAAUUUAUUCAGACAAGAGUCACAGGGACUAGUUGCCGAAGGUUGGCUUCCCACUUCUGAAUUAUCCGAUGCUCAAGCGGCAUUGAGAGAAUACGGAGAAAGCGUCGGAUCAGCAAAUACUGCCGUUUUGAAUGUCAUAUCAACUACCAGAACACCCCCUACUUAUCACCGGACCAAUAAAUUUACCCAACCAUUUCAAACUAUUAUUGAUGCAUAUAGCAUUGCCACAUAUAAAGAAAUUAACCCUGGAUUAGCUACUAUUGUUACAUUCCCCUUUAUGUUUGCCAUAAUGUUUGGCGAUACAGGCCAUGGCAUAAUUAUAUUUCUUGCAUCGUUGUAUUUGGUUUUCAAUGAAAAGCAGUUAAAUACUAUGAAAAUGGGGGAAAUAUUUGAGAUGGCAUUCUCUGGCAGGUAUGUGCUUCUUUUGAUGGGUAUUUUCUCGAUUUACGUUGGUUUAAUAUACAAUGAUAUAUUCUCUAAGUCCAUGACUUUGUUCCAUUCUGGUUGGCGUUGGCCCACUGAUUUUAAAGAGGGUGAGACUAUCGAAGCCACUAAAAUUGGCAUUUACCCAUUCGGGUUAGAUUCUGCAUGGCAUGGUUCCGAGAACAGUUUACUUUUUACUAAUUCUUAUAAGAUGAAAUUGUCAAUUUUGAUGGGAUUCAUUCAUAUGUCAUACUCCUAUGUGUUCUCAUAUAUCAAUUAUCGCUAUAAGAAGUCGAAAAUUGACAUCCUGGGCAAUUUUAUUCCAGGUCUAAUAUUCAUGCAAUCAAUUUUUGGAUAUUUGUCUUGGGCUAUUGUCUAUAAAUGGUCAAAAAAUUGGAUAAAAGAUGGUAAACCUGCACCAGGAUUAUUGAAUAUGUUAAUUAAUAUGUUCUUAUCACCUGGUGUAGUAGAUGAAAAGUUAUACGUAGGCCAGGCCUUGGUGCAAGUUGUAUUAUUGUUAGCUGCAUUGAUAUGUGUUCCAUGGCUAUUACUUUACAAACCAUUAAUGUUAAAACGACAAAACGAUCUAUCAAUUAAAGUUGGAUAUCGAAGCUUUGGUGAUCAGCGAGCCCAGGAAAUACUUUUAGAGGCCGAAGAGCGCACGGGUAGUGAACUCCUUGUAGUAGAUUACAAUCAUGAUGAGAAUCUUGAAGAAGAGUUUAAUUUCGGCGAUAUAAUGAUCCAUCAGAUAAUUCACACAAUUGAGUUUUGUUUGAACUGUAUCUCUCAUACAGCUUCUUAUUUACGGUUGUGGGCUUUAUCCUUAGCCCACGCGCAAUUAUCCACUGUGUUAUGGUCAAUGACAAUCGAACAUGCCUUUACUGUCCAAAGACCUGGAUCAAUAUUGUCUGUUUUGAGAGUAGUGGUUUUGUUUGCGGUGUGGUUUAUAUUAACUGUUUGCAUUUUGGUCUUGAUGGAAGGCACCUCAGCAAUGUUACAUGCUUUACGUUUACACUGGGUUGAAGCUAUGUCAAAGUUUUUUGAAGGCGACGGCUAUGCAUAUGAACCAUUCUCCUUUAAGGGUAUUGAUAGCAAUAUUGAACUAUGA